AAAAGUGUCAAAACUAAAUGAAACCAAAAUAAAAAUCUUAAAGAUUUUAAAUUUUUUUUACUUGAAAAUAUUUAAUUACUUAAAAGAAAAAACAAUAACUAUUAAAAAAAUCAAAUUUUUUAAAACCCCCAAUGACAACUAUGCCUCCAGAAAUGUCGACUUCAGCUACAAAUCCCUCUGUAGCUUUACCCAACUCUAGAGUAUCGAGCGAAUCUUUAAGCGCUUUACAAGUAUCGCGUUCCCGCUUUAUGAUUACGGAUAUUUUGGCUGCCCAUCAAUCAAAUCAUCAUUCUCAACAGCCACAAACACAACUUAAUCAGCAACAACAACAUGCCGCUUUACAACAUUAUAUAGCUCAACAACAGCAUUUGCUACAACAAAGACAUCAACAGCAUGCAGCAGUAGCUGCUGCCGCAGCUUCACCACCCGCUUCACCGCCUCAGAGUGCCAGUGCACAACAUUUACCACCUCCACCACCAGCUGCAACGGCAUCAGUCACUACACAUCCUCAUCUACCGCCUCAUCAUCCUUUGGCUCAUUUACCACCAACGGCCUUAAUGGGAUUUCCUUCCGCUCAUAAUGGUUUCAAUGCGGCGGCAGCUGCUCAUUAUGCUGCCCUGCAACGUGAUGAACGUGAACGUUUGCGUGAAAUGGAAAAUCAUCAUACGUAUCGUAAUCAUGUUGCACAAGAUCUUGAUCAUGAUGAUCGUUCGCGUUCGCCGCCUCCCUCUAUGUAUUCGCGUGAUGUAAGAGAUUUAAAUGGCCAAGGAAUGGGAAGUGGUAAUGCCGUCGGCGGUGGUGGUGGUGGCAGUAGUAUAAGUGGUGAUCAGGCCAGUACCAUAGAGGAUAGUGACAGUGAUUGUGGUGCCAAAGAUGAUGAUGGUCACAGCAUUAAAAGUAGUGACAAUCUAAUGGGUUUAUCGAAGAAACAACGCAAGGCACGAACUGCCUUCACCGAUCAUCAAUUGCAGACAUUGGAAAAAUCAUUUGAACGUCAAAAAUACUUGAGUGUACAGGAUCGUAUGGAAUUGGCGAAUAAAUUGGAAUUGAGUGAUUGUCAAGUCAAGACAUGGUAUCAAAAUCGAAGAACUAAAUGGAAACGCCAAACAGCUGUGGGCCUAGAACUCCUAGCUGAAGCUGGCAACUAUGCUGCCUUCCAACGUCUCUAUGGUGGUGGCUCACCCUAUCUAACAUCUUGGCCCUAUGGACACCCACAAGCCUCACCUCACAUAUCUCCCAGUUCACCCAUAGAUCUUUACUAUAGACAAGCUGCAGCAGCAGCUGUUCUACAAAAACCUCUUUCCUAUCGCAUGUAUCCUUCCAUACCACCUAUGCCAGCGUCAGGAUUAUCAACAAUGCCAGUAGCACCCACACCCAUGUCACAUCUAAGCGCUUCCAAUUCUUUAUCUUCGUUAAGUAACUAUUAUCAAACGGCAACACAGGCGUUUGGUUCUACAAAUUCACCCUCCACCAAUUCUAGUCUUCACAAUAAAAGUCCCACAAGAAGUGAGGAUAAUGAUGUAGAUGAAAAUCGUAAAAGUGUUGAAAUUAUAGAUCGUUCAUCUAGUCCGCAAUUGAAUCCGGGCAGUCCGCCAGAACGUUUAGAGAAUAAAACAAAUACAGCAGCAGUAGCAGUGAGAACUUUAGAACACAGCGACAAUGAAGCGGAUGAUGAAGAUGAUGCUAUAGAAGUUUGAGUUGAUGACCCUGAUAGUAAUAACGACAAAUACCUACACGACAACUAUAAUGAUGAUGAUGAUAAUAAAGAAGAAGAUGAUGAACCUGUAUUUAAGAAACACCUAAUAUUGAAAAAGCACCGUGACAUUAAAGAUUUAUGGGGCGUUGAAAAGGGUUCUCCAGCAAUUGCUAUAGUUAAGAACCCUCAGCUUUAAAGCUGUUAAUAGAUUGCUCUCAGUGCCUUCUUGUUGUGUGUUUAAUUGGGCAGAGUUGUUGUGUUAAACGAAAAGGGAAACUUCAAAGUUUUAAACCAAAGAUACCAGAAUCGUUUAAAAGAUUUUGGUCUUAUUCCAGUGGCAAUGGAUCUCAUUAUUGUUUUUAAUACUUAAUAAAAAAAUUUGUAAAUAUAUAUUAAAAUCAGUGUUAAUUUUAAAUAAAAUAAAAAAGAAAAUUUUAAAGUUA